CAGGUGUCAACGUCAAGUCCAAGUCUCAUCAUAUCAACAAUGUUUUGAUUUUUUAUGUGCAGAUUUGUUUAGAAACAGCACCAGUUUGUAAAGGAAAAAAUUGUGAAGUACAUAUUCCAAACAACUAAAUGUUAUUUAUCGAGUAAAAAUGGCAACUAUGGUCAAGGAAAAACGAAAAGAUAAAAAGAAAACUAGACAGAAACAGAACAUAAAUAUACCAGUACCGGAAGAAUUGGAGGAUGAUAACAUUAAAGAGAAAACAAAAGAAGAAAAAAACACAAAAGAGGAACAUAAAACAUCAGAGAAAGAUAACACAGAACUUUCUGCUACAAUAGCUACAGUAACUUUAAAGUCUGAGAAUAAAUUUAUAGCACAAAAGGAAGAUCCAAUAAAUGUUCAAGAUGAAUAUGAACAAAUUAAUCCAUCAAGCACACAACAAACCGUGUCUACUAGUAAUGUCAAAAUUGAUACUGAAGAAUUUACAUGUCUAUCUAGUGAAAUCACACAAAAUGAAAGUGAUAUACCUUCAGCUCCCAUCUUUGAGGAGGAAGAAAAUAGUAUAGCAAAACCUUCUGCUUUUAAUACACAGUGUAUUAUUACUGAAGAAAUUAAACAUAAAAUACAAUGCAUGCCUUUGGAAGAAGCUGUAAGACUUUUCGGAGGUGCGGAAGUAUCUGAAGUGAGAGCUAUAUCGGAGAAAGAAGAGGCUAUUGUUGAAGCUGGUCCUGUGAGUGGUCCAGAACAUCCACUUGUCGAUUUACUUUCAUCUUUUAGAUCAUCUCUUAAUGCUAUGGACCAUGAAGGGACUACAAUCAGUCAGGGAUUUAUCCAGGAAGAAAAAUCUAGAUCACAACUAUGGAAGAUUGAAAAGGAGAGAGCAUUUGCAUCAGAAUGUUGUCCAUCGUGUGCGAAGAGUGUAAGUGUACAAGUCACAUUUGAAACUGCUACAUUACAAACGGACAAGAUACCGGCUGCUCGAUUAAGAUUAGAAGCGUUGGCUCGAGACGUCCAAGAGUCUUAUUGUCAUCAUCAGCACACAGCUUUAAUGACAUACUACCAGAUAGAAGAGUUGGUGUAUAUGACAAUACAGAGUGGUAUGGGUGAAAUACGUGAAGCUCUCUCCUUGUUACUGCAAGCUCUGCGGCUUAGUGAUGGUGCUUCGGAAGUGUACUCAGCUUCCUUACAACGCUGGGUGGUUGCUCUGGCUGCUAAGUUACUCUAUACCAGAGAUUUAAGGCAUUUGAUAUUUCUUAUACACCAUUUGUUCAGACAAAAUCGUUCGGUACGUUGGGCGUCACGAGUGUUGCGCGUGCAAGUGACAGACGUGUCCAGCGCGGCGCGGGCCAUCGCACUACUUGAGCUGAUGCUGGCCAGACCAGGACUGGAGACUGCGGUCGAAUGCACCGAAGAGCUGGUGGAGAGUUGGGAGGAGGUAGGCAGGAGUGGGGAGGGGAGCGCGGUGGGGGAGGGGCUGCUGCGCGAACGCGACGCCCUGGCUCUGCUGCAGGCACUGCCGCUGAGACAACUGUUGGCCAAGAUGGCGCUCUUCAACAGAUCGGACAUAGAGAGUACGGAGGAGCAUGAAUGGGGUGAUGGUUCCGGAGGGCACGGCGUCUUGAAAGCGACGUGCGGUGCGCGCGCAUUGCUGGCCGUGCUGCAGCGUGCUGUGCACGUGCACGCACAUUAUGCACGCUUGAAACGGGAACUAACGGAGUUGUGCGCGUGCGCUUUGCAACUUGUCGCCGCGUUACAUCUACGAUCCAGGUAUGUGUACAACCCCGAGGUUGCGGAGAGGGUACAGGCAGAAUUGGAGGCGUUGUUCGUGGCUGGUGUUCUUCUGCAUCAGGGUAAGGAGCUGACCCAGCUACCGGCAACGCUGCUCAGCGAUGCCACCGCGAGAGACUACUGCUUCGGUCUCAUCGCCACAUUACAUGAGAAAGGGGCGUAUCGCAUCGCGUCGCUCGACGUAGACGUGGGCGUGGUGCGGUGCGACGUGCGCGUCCGUAUUCUGCUGCAGGCGGGAAUUGAUCGCGCUGAUGACCACGAACUUGCUCGGAUACUGCUGCAGUUCCUAUGCCAGACAGCAGUGAAGCGUAAACCCCAGUGGUGUCGGCAGCCAUGCGAUGUAGCCGCACGUGAGUCUCUGCCUCGCAUACUCGCGGCACAUCCCUAUCUUCACGCCAUCGGUCUGCAUGUACUGGCAGAUUUGAAUCAAGGUGAACCCCUAGAUCCAUCAGCAGUCAGCUACUUGUCUGUGCAAGAGUGGCGUCCGUACUCCGAGGAAGUGCUGGGUGUGCUGGAGGACUGGGCACUGAAGUGUCCGCAUCUUAUUGAACAUCUUCUACUGCAGAUGGAGUAUACCCCACAUCAAGGUGUAUCACUGGAAACGCAGCUGGCGAUGGGGGCGUGGCUUUGCGAGUACUUGCGCCGAAUGGGCGUAGAGGGUCGCGAGUGGGCGUGGUCUGUGCUGGAGAGGCUACACGUGCACCGCGCGCAGUGGGCGGUGUCGCUUGACGCCCCGCCCCCCGACACAGAACCUCAGGAUUUGUUCUCCACUGCAUUCGCACUGUUAGCCACCAGUUGGGGUCAUUCUGUACCUUUAAUAUGCUCUAUGGGUGUGCGUGCGCUGGUGGGCGUGGCGAAGGCGCAGCCGGGCGUGGCGGCGCGCUGCCUGGUCGCCAUGAUGCGCGCUGUGCAGCACACGCCAGAGUCUGUUGCGCUUACACCAGAAUUCACGGAAGUAUUGAGUAUACUGCUGAGCUCCGGCCCGUCUCUGAUGUCUCGUGCGUUCGGUCGCGCCGGACCCCACAAUGCAGAACUGUUAGAAAAGGCUCUACUCAAUGAAAUACUUAGUUCGCAGUCACAUAAUCCUGGAAUACUAAACCCUUGGUUACGUGGUCUGUGGGCGCAUUCACUGCCGAGCGCCGCGCGCGCCCUGCUCGACACCGCAGUGCGAGCUGUGGAAGACGUGCCUGCUGUAGACACUGUGGUCUCUCUCAUGCUACAGGGUGAAAAUUGCAAAGAAUUCCUAGACGAGGCGGUGCGUAACGCUUCAGUAGCACCAUUGCUGUGCGAGGCGGCGCUGCGAGGUGCGCACGCGCAGUACGAGCUGUCCGCACACAUGUGGCCCCGCCUUACGGACGCGCUCGCACAACAACGUGCGCACGGACAUAAAGUACACGUUGAUAACGCACUCAAGCAAAUAGGUUGUACCAUAAGUUCUGACGAGCUGGUGGUGUACCGCACAGCCAGCGCGGUGUUGUCCGCCCCCCACCACCACCACGCACACCUCGCACUCUGGCGACUCUUCUUACAUCUCUAUCUGCAGAGACCGCCUUCUAACCCACAACUUACAUCAAUACCAGUGGGUCCAUUGUUCUUCAGUGGCAUAAUCAAGUCCAGAGUUCUGUCCCAACUAAAGAAACGUCUCCAAGAUGCCAUAGACUAUCAUAAAACACAGAGCGAACAAUUAAAAAGUCAAAUCUAUCCACAAACAGAAGAAAUUCAAGCGACCAGUGAUACUAGAAAAACGAAUAAUACAAAAAAAAGUGAUGGAAAAUUAUUUGCACCAAUCACAAUCGAUGAUUUAAUAGAAGAAGAAUAUAGAAUAGAUUCUGAGAGUGAGUCAUCCGAAGAAGAGAUAUUAGAAGAAAGGGUCAGUGAAUCUUCUGCUUCGAGAGAGAAGUUUCAUCUCCACUGUUAUCAUUUGGGUGCAGUUAAGAUGUUGUGUGAGUACAAGAUGUGGUUGUCGGAGGGAGACAAGACACGCGCGGCGCCGCACCACGCAGACAUAGCCAGGUUCAUACAACAUCAGGGUAUGAAUGCAGCGCGGAGGAACUCUUUGCCCGGAUGGUUCGUGUCGGCCACGCCCCCGCGACCGCGCGCCCCGCCCUCUGCACCACCCACACCGCUGCAGCGGGCAAUUCACGUUUUGUUACAAAUAAAGGAGACCAGGGCAUUGUCCCCUGUGCCGGACAUCAAGCCUUUAUUAGAGGACAAUAAUUUGUCAGACGCACGCGUCAUCUUCAACCUUAUAGACAAAUAUCUGAAGACCUUGGAAUCUGAUGCUCAUGUUUGGAGUCGCGAGGUGUCGCAAGUGUCGCAGUUAGACAGCAAGCUGGUGGAGCUGGUGCGUGCGCUGCGCGUGCGCCGCCCCCUGCCCACGUACACCAGGUGGUGCGGCAACGACACAUGCAAACCUUUGAAAAUUGCAAUACAGAAAUACGAAUGGGUGAUAUCAACAGGUGCGGAAGAAGGAAUCGAACAAAAUAGACGCUGCGCUUUAGCCGCUUUACGCGCACUGGCUCGCCCCAGACCUGCUACAGCUCGAGUUGCUGCCACACUUCAAUCAUUAGUCAGAGUGGUUCGCAGCCGGGAGACUGCAGUGCGUGUUGCUGAGCGCGCAGGGAGCAGUGCCGCCGCUGCACAAUGCUUCCCGCCCGCCAUAGACGCUAUCAACUCCCUCGUUACACAACUUGCCGAGCGGUGGGUGUGCGGUGAUGCGGGCACGUGUGGGCGUCUGCUGCGUGCGUGGGCGGGGGCUGGGGGCGGGGCGCUCGCGCUCUGCUCCGCCCUCGUACAGCCGCGACACCUGGACCACGCCUCAUUCCUUGAACUAUAUGAGACUGUGCUCACAGCCUCGCUGCCAAUACCUGCUGCUUUUAGCUAUCUAUCCCGGUUUGAGAUGGGCGCGUGGGCUGAGAGAGUAGAUCCAGCACAAAAAGAGAAGAUGUUGGAUAUCCUGGUGCAGGCUGCGGAGCGUUGGGGGCCCGCACCGGAGCCCGAACACCAUGUUUUACUUGAGUUAAUAGGAGUGCACAUAGGCUUGGUGUGUGGUGCGGGCGAGGUGUUCGAGCUGGUGGUGCGGGGCGCGCGGGGGUGCGAGGGCGGCACGCUGCCCCCCGCACUGUGCGCGCAUCUCACGCACGCAGCUGCGCACGCGCACGCACUUACGUACUACGAGUUAGGUAAUCUCCUAAGACAGCUGGGCGGCAUCUGGUGGGAGACGCGCACUUUACUCUCUGAAGAAACUGACAAGUAUGUGCCGUACGCACCUCAUGUCGCAGAUCUACUGCAGGUGUUGCAGCAGGCUUUCACUCCUGCUAUUGUAGCGUUGGGAUGUGAUACUGAAAAAGUGUCGUGGUUCGUGUGGUCGGGGUUGCGUGAGGCGUGGUCGCCGUGGGUGCAGCCGGGGAUUCCGCCCCCGCUGUUGCCUGUCACACACGCGGAAGACACGCACGAGCACGCGCACGCGCACGCUGACAUGCUGCAACGAUUCAGAGAAACUUUACAACUUCUUAUAGACGACUGUCCAGGUAGCGAUGAGUUUGUGCUACGUUACGUGUGGCAGUGGGCGGUGCACACGUACGUGGGGGCGGGUGCGCGUGCCUCGCAGUCGUGCCGCGUCGCGCUGUCUGCGCUGCUCGCCGCGCUGGAACCACUGCCCUGGAACACUGCCCACUGGAUGCAUGCUUCUUGUAUGUCGUUAGCACUGCAGAUAAGUCGCAGCAGUGACAGAGAGAUAGUGUCAUGGUGUGGAGCGCGGUGGAGAUGCGCGGGCGCAGAGAGCUGGCUGCGCGGCGUGCAUGACACACGCCUCGCCCCCCACCUCGCCGCGCUACUGUCCCUCUUCUGCUCCCCGCACCUUCAUCUUGACACACAGGUGUUGGAAGAAGCAGCGCUGUUGCCAUGGCAGCGGCUGCCAGAUGCUGCGCUGGACGCGGCCUUCGAGCAGUUCUUUGUCGACUUUCACAAUCCUGCCGUCCCUUACCACGAGACAAUGCAAUUUAGGUUACUACUAUGCGCGAGUCAACUAGUAAUAGUAGGUGAGAGAGGUGAGUGCGUAGUGGAUGUGCGUGCGCGACGUGCCCGCAGCGUGUCGCAGUGCGUGCGCGCCGCCGCCACGCCCACUCUCGCACACCACGCGCACGCGCACGCACACAACAUGCUGCGAGUGCUCACUGACCUCGCGCCACAGAUUGAGGGGUCUGCGGGUGAGAUAGAGGAGCUGCUGAGUCGCGCCCUCGUCAUCAUGUGCCUGGAGCCUGCAGCAGCAGCUGCCCUGCCUGUGUGGCAGCAAUGGGUGCGGGAGUGUGGUGCGAGACUGCGGCUGGCUGCGGCGAGUGCGGCCGCCACUCUCACUGCACUCGAAUACUUCGUGCCACUCGCUGACACCAUCUCUAGCACUCAUAUGACACUAUCAGGUUGUGAGGGUGGUGGUUGGAGCACGUUGCGUGCGCGGCUCUGCGGGUGUGCAUGGGGUGCGGGCGCGGCGGCGGCGGCGGGGGCACGACGCGGCUGGCACGCGGCGUACGCGCUGCUGCCCCGAGACACGCUUCCGCCGCAAGACUUGCUGCGAGCACUCCUCGCCUUAAAUCUUACACCAAGUGACGAUGAGCCGAUAACGGCAGUAUGGGUGUGCGUGUUGUGCCGCGCGGCGCUGCAGUCGCGGCGAGUGACAGCUGUCAGUGCCGCUGUGUCAGAGUGCGCGGAGCUGGCGCGCGGUGCGGUCGUGCGCUGGGCCGCGGAGCCGCGCCGCUCUAUACUGCAGCUUGUUGCUAUGCAACACGACACGCACACUGUCAGAAUCCGUCUCCUAUGCCGUCUUGCGCUUUGUAUCCUCGACCCCUCAUCAGUGGAGCUGGCGCAGGCGUACGAGUCGAGCUGCAGCGCGCUGCCUCCAGGACAGGCGGAGGCGGCCUCGUGGGGCAGAGCACCCGGGGCGAAGCACCUCCCGCGCCUCGCCGCUAUACUGUACCCAGGGAAAGACGCAUACUUCAACGAUGAAAUAGAACUAUUGCAAGAAAUUACUUGAUUUGAUUGUAAAUAGAAUUGUAUAUAGUUAUAUGUAUGUAUUUAAACCAGUGAAAGCUCUCAAUAUAUAAAAUAUUUUAAUUGUAACAUCGUCAUCA